AUGAGCCGAUUUAACAAGUCAGCAUUGGAGAUUCGCGACUUGAACCCCGCUGUAGCCCUCCACCACCUUACUACUACUCUGAAACUCGGACCUUUUGCCAACAGCAUUUGCAAGAAACCACCAACCGACAUGGAUGACUUGCGUCGACGAGCCGACAAGUACAUGCAGAUGGAGGAAUUAGCUGAGUUCUGUAACCAAGCCAGGGUGGAGGUGGCUGCAAAACCUGAGAGGCCGGCCGAGAAUAGUUUUCGGAGUCGCCCAAAAGAACUGGUUCCCUGCGAGAAGCCCCCUCGCGGGCCAAGAUACUCGCAGUAUAUGCUGCUCAACACCAACAGGUCGGCCAUAUUAGAGGAAGCACUUGCCUCAAAGGUGCUAGCAGUCCCGAAGAGAGCUUCGACCCUUCCUAGGGCCGAUACAACAAAAUCUUGCAAAUACCAUCGCAAUCGAGGACACUCAACUAAAGAAUGCUCGGCCUUGAAGGAUAAAAUCGAGGAUUUGAUCAAGCAGGGCCAACUACAAGGUUUCGUAGACCGACCGGACUCAUCCCGAUAUGCCGACCGGUCUUGCCAGCAUGAUCGGCCUGAGCAAAGGUGA